CAUCACAUGGUGUCUCAUGUCAUGUUGACCGGCUUAUUCGGUGGCUGGAGUUUGCCUACAUCGGGCGUAGGUUGCGUGUUCACUUCCUAGUCUUUUUGAACAUGUUCAGCAGUGCCGUGAAAAUAGUCUCUUCAACUCGCGGCCACCCCAGGUGUGGUGGAAGCUGGGCUCGGUUAAGUCGCGUCGUUCCACUGCUGGCUUCCGCCAGGUCUGUGCAGGACAGGGCGAAGGACAACGGCGACCCCAAGGAGCGCUUUGACACCUCCUUACUGGAAUUCCUCGUUUGCCCGCUGUCUAAAAAAGCGCUACGGUAUGAUGAAAAGACCAACGAACUGAUCAACGAUGACCUGGGCAUUGCCUACCCCGUCAUUGAUGGGAUUCCCAACAUGAUUCCUCAGGAUGCUAGAAUGAUUCGAAGCAGUUCUGACCAGGGGGUGUCACCCCAGCCAUAAAACAGUGACAUUACUAAAUGGAUGUUCUUCCCCAAGAUGUAUUAUGUGUGCUCUGUCUGAUUUUGGUUUUGGUUUGAUACUGUGGAUGACUUUAUACAAAGGGAAACAUGCCAAUAACUGUUAGUCAGACCCAUUUGUACAGACAGAAACAUUUACUCAGAUUAUUCAGGUAAAUCAUUAGAACUAAGGUACAACAGCAGUGUCCUUCUGAGAAAGCAUAAAGCUUUUCUGUUUCUGCUAUCAGCCAUCAUCCUUAUCUCUGUUUUCUACUUUAAAACUGCACUGUGUCAAAGGAAAAUUCCCGUCGAUAUCAUGGAAACAUGUUUCCUUUCCGGUGAAAUAUGCAGUGACUUCCCUUGUGAUUUUACAGUUAAGAUUAAAUGAUAUGUCUGUAUGACACAGACCAUUUUGUGGAAACAUUGAACCUGUUGUGUAAAACCAA